AAAGGCAAAAGCGGCUUCUCUGAGUAAAUUUCGACUCAUCUGACUCUCUCCUUCCCCUGGUUACGUUACGCUACUAUAGGAAUACCCCUCCCUAUACAAUACAGUCACUGUUUGCACAACAUAUUACCAAGUACGAAGCCCUCCUCCCUCUCUCCCUCUCUCUCUCUCUCUCUCUCUCUCUCUCGCUGUCAUUCGGCCUGGGAGGAUUCCCACCUAUUUUUCCCACUCGCAAAAGCACCAUUCCAAAUAAAGGGAAAGCCAGAAGACAUAACGACGCCACUCGCCCUUCUCUACUUCUCCGGCGUCGCUAGUGCAGGGCUCUUGGGAUACUCGCCAGCGACGUACGUACCAUACCCUCAUUGCUUCCAUAUGCGUCAAUUGUUGGCUGUUUAUACAUGACCAGAAAAUGCGCCAGCCGCUACUGCCUCAUGAUUCAACCGACCUCCCUUACCCCCUUACCAUCAAGAAAUCUGACGCCGACAAGGUAGACAAAGAGGCACGCACGCCCUCUCCGCCUCUUCUUCUCGUUGGCCGGAAUCGCUCCCAGGCCGGCAACCGGAGGGUCACGCCCACCUUAAUGCCCGUCGGGGCUGGUAGUGCGGACUCCAUUGUUGAGAACCUUCUGCCUAACGGUGAUUUUUUUGUGGGUACCUUCUCUGGGAGCGUUCCGCACGGAUCCGGGAAAUACCUGUGGACAGACGGGUGCAUGUACGAGGGGGAGUGGAAGAGAGGAAAGGCAGCUGGGAGAGGCAAAUUCUCUUGGCCUUCCGGGGCUACCUAUGAAGGCGAAUUCAAAUCGGGUCGGAUGGAGGGAUUCGGGACUUUUGUUGGAUCUGACGGUGACACCUACCGUGGCUCCUGGAUCGGCGAUCGGAAACACGGAUGCGGCCAGAAACGCUAUGCCAACGGCGAUUUCUAUGAAGGGUCAUGGAAACGGAACCUGCAGGAUGGGCAGGGAAGGUAUGUGUGGAAGAAUGGGAACGAGUAUGUGGGCGAGUGGAAGAACGGUGUGAUGUCUGGGAGGGGCGAGUUGCUCUGGACGAAUGGGAAUCGCUACGAAGGACAAUGGGAGAAUGGGGUUCCGAAAGGGCGGGGGAUUUUCACAUGGCCUGAUGGGAGUUGCUAUGUAGGCAUCUGGAACAAGGAUUUGAAGAUACAGCAACUGAAUGGAACUUUUUACCCUGGCAAUGGGAAAGAGCACUAUUUCAAGGGUAACGGGCCGUUAAAGACUGAUAAUUUUACUAUAACAAUGAGCAAGGCGUCGGCCAUGGAUGAUGCCAGGGGAAGCGUGAGUGAGAAGAAUUUUCCUAGGAUAUGCAUAUGGGAAUCCGAUGGAGAAGCUGGUGAUAUAACUUGUGAUAUCGUCGAUAAUGUGGAAGCAUCCAUGUUCUAUCAGCGUGCAACGGUAUUUGAUCGACAUGAGAUAAAGCAGUUUCGGCGCAAUUCUAUCCGCUUCACCAACGAGGUGAAACGACCAGGACAAACAAUAUGCAAAGGGCAUAAGAACUAUGACUUAAUGAUUAAUCUACAAUUGGGUAUAAGGUACUCCAUUGGGAAGGAAGCUUCAAUAUUGCGUGAACUUAAACUUCGUGAUUUUGAUCCAAAGGAGAAGUUUUGGACAAGGUUUCCACCUGAAGGAUCCAAGAUAACUCCACCACAUCAGUCAGCGGAGUUCCGCUGGAAAGAUUACUGCCCCAUGGUCUUCAGACAAUUGAGGAAGUUAUUCCAGGUGGAUCCUGUUGAUUACAUGUUUGCCAUUUGUGGGAAUGAUGCUCUCCGUGAGCUUUCUUCUCCGGGGAAGAGUGGAAGCCUCUUCUAUUUGACCCAAGACGACAGAUUCAUGAUAAAAACAGUGAAGAAAUCCGAAGUCAAGGUGCUCCUUCGAAUGCUUCGAAGUUAUUACCAACAUGUUUCUCAGCAUGAAAACUCACUCUUGACAAAAUUUUAUGGAUUGCAUUGCGUCAAACCAAUAGGAGGCCAGAAGACCCGGUUUAUUGUAAUGGGGAAUCUUUUCUGCUCGGAAUAUCCAAUCCAUAGGCGGUUUGACUUGAAGGGAUCGUCUCAUGGCCGUACAAUAGAUAAGCGGGAAGAGGAGAUUGAUGAAACUACAACCCUCAAAGACCUUGAUCUCAAUUUUGUAUUUCGUCUACAGCAAUGUUGGUUUCAGAAGCUAAUCAAACAAAUUGAGCAGGACUGCAAGUUCUUAGAAGCAGAGGGGAUCAUGGAUUACAGUCUGUUGGUAGGCCUCCACUUCCGUGAAGAUAACAAAUAUGACAAAAUAGGGUUGUCUCCAUUUGUUUUGCGCACUGGCAAGCGAGAUUCUUAUCAGAGUGAGAAGUUCAUGCGUGGUUGUCGCUUCCUUGAAGCAGAGCUUCAAGAUCGGGAUCGAGUUAAAUCUGGCCGGAAAUCACUGAUUAGAUUGGGGGCCAAUAUGCCGGCAAGGGCAGAGCCGAUGGCAAGGAGGAGUGAUUUUGAUCAAUACUUGGUGGACGGGAUCAGCCAUUUGAUCCCAAGUCGGUGUGGGGAGACAUGCGAUGUGGUCUUAUAUUUUGGGAUUAUAGAUAUCUUGCAAGGUUAUGAUAUCAGCAAGAAGUUAGAGCACGCCUACAAAUCGUUGCAAGCCAGACCUUCAUCAAUCUCGGCCGUGGAUCCAAAGCUUUACUCCAAGAGAUUCCGUGAUUUCGUGGGGAGAAUAUUCAGCGAAGACAGGUAGGACUGUAGGAGCGCCAUUCAAAGAAAAAUCUGUCUUCAGGGGAACAAGUGCCUAGCUGAUUUGACGCGAACCACAUGGAGGAAAUUAGCCUCCCCCAUGAUACCGUGGACCGAAGUUGACCGUUUUGGGUUCAAAACGGAGGCAGGGUAAGGGGACUGGGGGAGCUUGCCAGCGCCAGUGCCAGAUCUCGGGGGUCGAACUGGAUUACGCUGCAUGUCUAAUUUUAAAGUUAAAUAUACAUCUCUAUGAUCACUCCGGGGUGUUGGCGAGAUCUUGUACAGUGAGAGGGGGGGAUAUGAUGUCUGAUUUUUUUAUUUAUUUGUUGUGCUCACAAAGAGAGAGAGAGGAGUGGGAAUCAUUUAGCGGUUGAAAAGGUAGGUUGUAGUGGAGGUGGAAACAGAAAGAGGGCGUUUGCCAGAGAUAGGUAGUCAAGGUAGUUUUUUUUUUUGGUUUUUUGGGUGGAUAAUAAAGAAAUUGUACAGUUUGGCAAUAGCGAGCAAGGAAUUGAAUUUAUAUCCAAAUGAAAUUUAAAUUCUCAUCAA